AUAAUGGAUGUUCAAGAUUUUGAGAGUCUCUUACUAUACUACGGUCGCUCGGGACUUUUCCAUACCAUGCAAAAAACGGCGUUGGAUGGUUUAUCAAAGUAUCCGAACCAUUACGCUUUCCGACUGUAUAACGGAAUGUCCUUAGUAUUAGGCCAUAGAAUGCAAGAAGGUAUACGGGAAUUAAAUCCACUCAAAAGUGAUGCGGAAUUUGGUAUUGCUGCUAUUUUAGCAUUAUUGUAUGCACACAAUCGUUGCAGCGCAGUUGAUAAUGAAGCUAUACAAAGUUUGGAACAGCGACUCAAUGAGGACUUUAAUACAGCCGGCGCAAUGGCUUUUUACAACGCCAGUUUGUUCCUUUUCUUUGCAAAAUGUUUUAAUGAAGCCCGAACUUACAUAAACAAAGCACUAAAAAUAGAAAGCAAUCACGAAUAUUGUAUAAUUCUUCACGCAUGGAUUAAUAUAUAUCAGACAAAAGUAGAUGUAGAUGGUAAUAUUAUACAGAGAUUAGAGAAUAUUUUAUCACAUGUAAACAACAUUGACGCUACUCUGGCAUUGGUCCGAUGUUUCCAACUUCGUGGUCAAUUUGAAAAUGCCAUUAAUUGCCUUAUACGGCUUUCAAUCAGAUAUCCCCAACUGAAUAUACCGCUAAUUGUAAAAAUGGAGACCCAAAUUGCUGCAUUGAAAUGGGAUCAAGCGUAUGAAACAGCUCUUCGGAUAAUCAAUUUGGAGCCUACAAACAUAACUGCUCUACAAAUUAAGGCCUGCAUUCUUAUAGUACGCGAUGGUAACCUAAAAGGAGGAAUUUCUACUAUUCAACAACUUUUGGUUGCUACCGAACGAGUAGAGUUAGGAAAUAUGAAGCUCAUACUGAAUAUUUGUAAACUUGUUGUGCGUAUAUGUUCGCGAAAUACAGAUAUGAUUACACUGACCCUCCGUUUUAUAGACAAAAUAAUACAAGCAAACCCUACCUAUACCGAAAGCAUAGUCGAACUGGGCUAUCAAAGAAUGCUUCUUGGAAACAACAAUGAAGCUGCUAUUUGCUAUCGUUCAGCAACUAAAAUUGAAACCAACAAUUUUAAUGCCUUGUGCGGCUUGACAUUGUGUCAAAUUAUGGAAAAUGGACGUUCGGAGCAAGUUCUUCAGCAGAUUGAUUAUUUGUGUGACAAAAUGGCAGGCGAAGAACAUCCGUUGUUGGCACUGCUGCAGGCAAAAGUUGCUAAAAAAAGUGAUGACGCAAUACAAAUUCUUACGAAUGCCACAGAGAAGCACAUGCGUAAUUUAGAAGGCGAAUUAUUCGGACCCGAAUAUCUUCUGAAAUUAGAUCCUGAGUUUCUACUUGAAAUUACAUCGGAAUUUUUACGUCACUCACCUUUACAAAUGAAUAUUAAACAAGGAUUAAACCUAAUGCAGGACACGGUACAUAUAACAUUAAAACAUUGCAUUUCGAUUUUGGAACUCAUUCUUAAAUAUUGUCCUGCUCAUAUCAAUGCAAUUUUUGUACGUGCAAAAGUGCAUUUUAUGUGCAGUGAACCCCAUCUGGCAUGUUCCUUAUUGCAACGAAUUGUCAAUGAUAUUGAUUCAACAUACACGGAUGCCUACUUGCUUCUAGCACAAGUUCAAAUACAAAACCAACAGUACAUAAAGGCGUUACAAUAUCUGGAGAUGGCACUGUCUUUUAAUUUUGCUGUACGCGAAGAUCCGAAAUAUUAUCUUCUCUUAGGUAUUGCCCACAGACAACAACAACAGUAUUCAGAAGCCCAAAAGAGUUUUAUGUCUGCCAUACAUAUUUUGGGAAAUGAAUCAAGUUCAUCUGGGGGGAAACCCCAUCAAGGAACACACAAUAACUUCACUGUGGCAGAUAGAGUAACUUUGUAUUUGGAACUCAUUGGUACAUAUAAGGAUAUAGGAGAUGCUCAAGGUGUAUACGAGAGUGAACGAUUAUUGCAAUUUGCUAUGGAGGAGUUCAAUAAUACUACGGAGGAAGGACGUCUAGUUAUCGCACACGCAGAAUUCAUGUUGCAAAAUGCUAAUGUGGACAAAGCCAUAGAGUUGCUAUCGGCAAUACAACCCGGACAAUCUUAUUUUAUACAGGCCAAAACACAUCUGGCGAAUAUUCAUUUACAUAAUCGCAAGGAUCGAGUAGCAUUUGCAAGAUGUUUUAAGCAAUUGGUUGAGUCAUGUCCUGAGGCCCAGAGUUAUUUGAUUUUAGGACAGGCAUAUAUGUCAAUUCAAGAACCGGUUUUAGCAAUCAACGCAUACCAGAGGGCAUACGAAUUGAACCCACAAGAUUCAAAUUUAGCCAAUAAAUUGGGUCGUGCUUAUAUAAAGAGUCAUCAAUACGCAAAAGCCAUAUCAUUUUAUCAACAUGUCAUCAAAACGCAUCAUAACUUGAGUUUGGACUUGGCCGAACUUUUCCUGAAACUAAAAAAAUAUGAGGAUGCCCGUGUUAUAUUAGAGGAACCUGAUGAUUCGAUUCAAAUGGAGCUUUUGGACACGGACGAACUUCAACUCAGAACAAAAAAACUGUUGCUAUUAGCACGCGUUCAUGAGAAGGCUGGCUUUGAUGACUUGACAAUGGCUACUUUAGCCAAAGCAAAAGAAAAUGAAAACAUUCUUCAAAAGCGCUCUUCAAUACAUCAAACUGGAAAAGGCAAUGACCGAGAUAAAAUGCUAUCCAAAAUUUGUUUACUAAUGGCACAGCAUUGCACUAAAGUAAGAAAUGUAGAACAAGCUCUGGUCCACCUAAAAGAAUGUUUGAAAUACGACCCCAAUGAUAUUGAAGUGUUGAUUCCACUCAGUCGUGUUUACACCCAAAUGAAUUCUAUGGAAUUGUGCCGCGAUGUAUGUAUGCAAAUUUUGCAAAUCGAUUGUAAUAAUGAAGCUGCGUCUGUGAUAAUGGCUGAUCUGUCCUUCCGCAAGAUGGAUUUUGAAAACGCCACAUAUCACUUCUCGCAACUUUUACUCUCACAGCCUUGCUAUUGGACGGCUUUAGCACGGUUAAUAGAAGUAAUGAGACGUUCAGGAUCUUUAACGGACUCUACUUUAUUUUUGCAAAAAGCUGAACAAGCAACUGCUUAUCCAGAUACAUGUCCUGGUUUAAAUUAUUGUCGUGGUCUUUAUGAAUGGUAUAACGGUAAUCCCAAUGGGGCCCUACGACAUUUUAACGUUUCCCGAAGAGACAACGAGUGGGGUCCACAAGCUAUAUACAACAUGAUUGAAAUAUGUAUAAAUCCUGACGGUGACAUACCCACUGGAAACGAUUGUUUGGAAAGCGAAGAUAAUGGAGAACUAAGUGAUGCGCGCAUUAUAGCAUUACGUACUGCCGAACGAUUAUUGAAAGAGCUCCGACCACGUCCAACAGUUAUGAACAACGAAGCAAUAAAUCAUCGACUAUUAAAAAAUUUUCUAAAAUUGGCUUCUAAACAAAAAUUCCAAAUUGAAUCAGCCCUACAAGAUUUUCUUGAACUAGCUAAUAAAGACGACAUUCAAGGGAGUGUUGGACCCAUUCUUGGCGCAGCAACGGCUCUGGUUCAAUUAAAACAGACACAACGCGCAAAGAAUCAUUUAAAACGCAUAGUCCGUGUAAUUUGGAAUUUUGAAGAAGCUGAGUAUUUAGAGCGCAGUUGGCUGUUAUUAGCCGAUAUAUACAUUAAUUCCAACAAAUUGGAUGUCGCCGAAUCAUUAGUUUUAAAAGUUCUACAACAUAAUAAAUCAUGUUCUAAAGCUUAUGAAUUAGCAGGAUAUAUAUCGGAGAAGUCUCAGCUUUAUCGAGAUGCAGCUAAAAAUUAUCGUAGCGCAUGGAAUUGCAAUGGAAGCUCUAAGCCACAUAUAGGAUAUAAAUUGGCUUAUAACUACAUGAAAACAAAGCAGUACGUUGAAGCAAUCGUAAUAUGCCAGCAGGUGCUGAAGUUACACCCGGAUUAUGUUAUAAUUCAAAAAGACAUACUAGAAAAAUGUCGGAAUAACUUAAGGCAGUAA